AUGACAUCAUUGUGGCGAAGCGUGACUAAGCGGAAGCAUGGUCGUUGCACCAAAGCUAUAUCCGCGGGCGACAGUCAAGCGCAUUGUCAAGGCCCAUACGCGGAAGAACCUCAGCAAGAACGCAGACAUUCUCAUAUUUUUGGACUACAUGCUCUUCAUGAAAGAUGCAAUGUUAACAACCACCAUGUCCCGUUUUCCAGGUUAAUGCGAGAGGCCUCAAUCACGUCAAAGAAAAGCGGGGAGGCCACCAUAUCUGCGAAAAGCAUCCGAAGAGUCACCGAGGAUGUUGGCGUUCAGGCUUUCGAUAACGAAAUUCAUAUGAUACCCGGGAUAGGUGAAACACGGGGGCAGACAGCCUCUUUUUUCAUGUUUUCCUUCCAUCUGUGUGUGUCUCAUCAGUAUGAAGCAUUGAAGCAUCGAAUUUAG